AUGAAGCUCCAAAAAGCCCUUGCCGUUGGGCUAUUCUCAUUUGGUACUACGAACGCUCAUUAUUUAUUUGGCCGUCUGAUCCUGGACGGGCAGUGGUCUAAAACAUGGGAAUAUGUUCGUGAAAUAAGCCCUGAACCGAGCUUGAGCGGAGACAUAGCCCUCGUAGCACCAAACACGAAUCCCGAUUCGCUUGAUCUUCGAUGCGGACGAAACGCCUCUCUUCCUAUAUCAUCUGUCAAGACGGCGGUGAUUAACGCAGGAUCGACUGUUGGGUUUGCUACUGGUGAACCAGCAUUAUCGAGCGAACGUCCAACGAUGUAUCACCCAGGAUUCGCAUCCGCCUGGCUCUCAAAGUCAACGACCGAUGACCUGGAAUCAUACGCUGGUGACGGCGAUUGGUUCAAGAUCUUGAGUGUGACAGGAAGGACUGAGCAGUCUCUUGAUUACUCUGAUCCUGAGUCGGCACCCUAUUAUGAUGUAUUCAAGUCUGUUUGGGGAACAUUCAGAGUCGGCAGUUGGAACUUCACGAUUCCCGCCACGACACCAUCAGGGAAAUAUCUUCUUCGGUUUGAGCACAUAUUCCCUAACCAAGUCGACGCGCAGUUUUACGUCAACUGCGCCCAUGUUGAAAUUGUGAAUGAUGGUGGCUCUGGUUCCCCCGGACCAACUGUGAAAAUCCCGGGGGUGUAUAAACGUGGGCAGUCAGACGUUUACUUUUCUGCGUAUGAUCUGAAUUUCAAUAUUACAACCUUUGUCCCACCUGCCCCAGUUGUGUGGGAGGGGUGA